AUGAGCGCAUGUUCUAGAAGAGGAGUAGAAUGCAUUGAAUAUCAGAUUGUGAGCAGGCAUCAGGGCUAUGAAGAGCGCCAAUAUCCUGCCACUACCUGGGUAAGCACGACAGCUGAUGGACCUUCACUGGACCAGGCCAACAAGGAUAUGUACCCUAAGCUGUUCAACUAUUUCCAAGGAAACAACGUUAAAGGCAUAAAGAUGAACUCUACAACACCUAUGCGUACUCGUAUAGUGCCAUGCCAUGGAGCUACCUGCUCAACCAUCUUCAUCAUGUCUUUUCUCAUCCCGUUUGAGGUGUCUGAGAACACACCAUACCCUCUGGACAUGUCACUCUUCAUAGAGAAGGAUCCUGCUGUCCGUUACGUAGUCAGGACAUUUGAGGGCAGGCCAACAGAAACUGAAUGGCUGGAAGAAUCCCACAAACUGGCCCAACAGGUCAGGAAAGAUCCCGCGAUUGACAAGAGCUACUAUUACACCGUGUGGUAUGAUCCUCCCUACCAACUCUUCCACAGAAUCAACGAGAUAUGGAUGGUGAAAAAAACCGAAAAAUUGAUUCAUGCAAAUGUUGAAUAUGAAACUACAGAUCCUUCAGAAACAAAGGACAUUAAAACUGCUUCAUAAAAUAUAAUCUUAAUCCAUCAACCAUGCUUUACAUUUGGUAAUUAUAUUUAUUAAUUUUUGAUUAUCACUAUAUAUUUAUUUAU